UAAAUUGGCUGCUCAAUGAAAUUCAAGUGUAAGUUAAAAAAAAUGGGUGAUUAGAUAGAAAAUAUUUUUUUUAUUUUAGGAGGGAAUGAGUUUCUACAUUUUGACAAUAUACAGGUAGUUGUACAGGUAUAAAUUGUGUGAAUUUUGUAGUAUAAAAUGGAGCAUAUUUUUGAAAUAAAAACACUUUACAUAAUGUUAAUCUUGUGUUUAAGUAGACUUUUAGUUUCUGUAAAGUCAGAAACAGUUGAAGAAAUGUCUGGGCCAAAAAAACAUAAAGGUAUCUUCCGUAAACAGUCAACAAAUAAAACAAUACCGUACAGUGAACAUCCAGGAAAGGAGCUCAUCAUCUUUGAUGUCGAUGAUACACUUUGGCCAUUUAAGGUAGAUAAGGAUCCAAGAUUCAAUGACCCUUUUACAAUAAAAAGCGGAGAGAAUAAUACGGCGAUUGUUAAUGGCCACAAGAUAGAGGCAUACCCUGAGGUUCAAGAGACCUUGCUAGAGUUGAUAGAGAAGGGUUAUGUGUUGGCAGCCGUAGCUUUGAGCAACAGCACUGACAAGGUGAUGGCUCUGAUGAAUGCACUGGACCUCACCCAACACUUCAAGUACAUGGAGAUGGCAGAGGGACCGGACAAGAUGAGUUUGAUAACAGAGAUAUGUAAGAGAAGUGAGAUUCCACUAGAGGAUGUGUUGUAUUUUGAAAAAGACUGUGGACCAGAGAAUUGUAUGGAUAUGAUUUGGAAACAUGUAAUAAUUUAUUGUCUAAAAGACGGGUUGAACAAAGAAACUGCAAGGAAAGGUCUUGUAGUGUAUAACAUUAGACCAAGGAAAGAAGCCAAACAUGGACCUCAGAAAGUUGAAGUGGUUGAGAAAACUAACAAAAACAAAUGUCGUCCAGCUUACGAAAAAGACGGAACUGAAAUAGAAGGGUGGGACUACAAUGCAACGAAGAUUGACUACUCGUGACCAUUACAAAUAUCUCCUUUGAAAACUUCAACAAUAUAUAUAGUCUUACUGGUAACUACUGUGUUUACAAAAGUUGUUUUUAAAAAGCAACGUUUUCAUACAAAUCACCUACAUGUUUACGUUCUAGGAUUCAAGAAAAUUCAGGAAUUAAAACAAAAAAUAUCAUGUUUAUUUUGUGCAAAUACGAUAGAGAAGACAUUCAUUUUAUGUUGGAUGAAGGAGUAUUCACCCUUCCUAUUGGCUUAAAAGGAGUCAGCUAUGAGCUUAUGUGUGAUGCGUUAUAUGUAUUUCAAACAAGAAAAAUUUAUGCUGAAAUAAGUGAUGAUAAGCUGCCGACAACUACAGAAUCAAAAGUACAAAGAAAACUCAGGAGGAAGAAGGAAAAACUAGAGAGGCGAGCGUUAAAGAAACAUGACAAAUCUUACACAUAGGAUGUGUGUUUUAUGCCUAAGCAUUAACAAGGUUUUUUGCUAUUUAGCUGUGAUAAAAUAUUGUAAAUACUGUCAUAAAUAAAUAAAUGUAUUACAACAUUGA